UUGGUGCUGCCUGGCGACGGGCGCGGGGCAGGCCGGGAUCUCCGUGUGGCGGGAGGCAGCCGGUGUUCCGCGCACCGGGAGCGGGAGGCGGCAGUAUGGUGAAACUGACGGCGGAGCUGAUCGAGCAGGCGGCGCAGUACACCAACGCCGUGCGGGACCGCGAGCUGGACCUGCGGGGGUAUAAAAUUCCUGUCAUUGAAAAUCUCGGUGCAACCUUAGACCAGUUUGAUGCUAUUGAUUUUUCUGACAAUGAAAUCAGGAAACUGGAUGGUUUUCCUUUAUUGAGAAGACUGAAAACAUUGUUAGUGAACAACAAUAGAAUAUGCCGUAUAGGUGAGGGACUUGAUCAGGCUCUGCCCUGUCUCACGGAACUCAUUCUCACCAACAAUAGUCUUGUGGAACUGGGUGAUCUGGACCCUUUGGCAUCUCUCAAAUCACUGACUUAUCUGAGUAUUCUAAGAAAUCCUGUAACAAAUAAGAAGCAUUAUAGGCUGUAUGUAAUUUAUAAAGUUCCACAAGUCAGAGUACUGGAUUUCCAGAAGGUGAAACUAAAAGAGCGUCAGGAAGCAGAGAAAAUGUUCAAGGGCAAACGGGGUGCACAGCUUGCAAAGGAUAUUGCCAGGAGAAGCAAAACUUUCAAUCCAGGUGCUGGUUUGCCAACUGACAAAAAGAAAGGUGGGCCGUCUCCAGGGGAUGUAGAAGCAAUCAAGAAUGCCAUAGCGAAUGCAUCGACUCUGGCUGAAGUGGAACGGCUGAAGGGCUUGCUGCAAUCUGGCCAGAUACCUGGCAGAGAACGCAGAUCAGGCCCCACCGAUGAUGAUGAAGAGGAGAUGGAAGAAGAUCCGGUCACAAAUGGGUCCUGAGCUGUGAGGCCUGAGUCCGUACAGGAUGUAUAUAUAACAUGUCCACUUGGGGCGCGUCCUGGUUUUGGAACAUGGAAGGAUAGCCUUGUUUGUGUCAGCAGAAAGGAGUUCGUGAUCAUUGCUGAAAUGCCUCAAACAGCUGCUGGAAAUUUUUAAUAGGAAUCUUGAAAUCUAAAUGCCAGUUUUCUACAAAUAGUAAAAAUAGAGGGCACGCACUGUGACCAAGUUGCGUGUCAUUGCAGGGGGUGGGGGGGUGCACUGAGGUAUAUGGACAGGUCUGAGUCAGAAAUGGAGGAGGGCGUCAUUUCUGUGCAGGCUGCCCAGUCCUCUAUAAAACGUUUAGAUUUUUAAAUUCUUAAUAAAACUCAAGAUUGCCCGUGA